CGACGAUAGAGGAGAUUAAACAGUGGGCACAGUCUUUCGAUAAGCUGAUGAAGAACCCAGCAGGGCGGAACAAGUUCCGUGAGUUCCUGCGGACGGAGUACAGCGAGGAGAACAUGCUCUUCUGGCUGGCCUGCGAGGACCUGAAAAAUGAGAUCAACAAGAGUGCCAUCGAGGAGAAGACUCGUUUGAUCUACGAAGACUACAUCUCCAUCCUCUCGCCCAAAGAGGUGAGUCUGGACUCUCGGGUGAGGGAAGUGAUCAACAGGAGGUUGCAGGAUCCCACCCCUCACAUAUUUGAGGACGCACAGCUGCAGAUCUACACUCUCAUGCACAGAGACUCCUACCCACGAUUCCUCAACUCCUCCGUCUACAGAUCACUGGUGCAGGGGGGGUCACGCUCCUCAUCUGAGUCAUAGACCCCCGACUCCCUCCUCUUUCUUUCUCUCACUCUCUCCACCCAAUUUCUCCCCAUUUCUCUCCAUUGCACAACCACUCAAGGAGAAAGUACUCCUUUUUUGUUGUUGUUGGUGUCAUGGUUGGAUUACCUUUUUUUUUUUGUUUUUUGUUUUUUUUGCUUAUUUCAUGUUCCGCUGUCAUUUUUGAGGGAAUUCCUCUAUUUUUAUUUUUUUUUGUGUGUGUUCUCCUGAAACCGGACAGACUGAAGCUGGAAGACAGGGUUGAAAAUGCAGUUUUAAUUUUUCAGAUCUUCUUUUUUUUUCCCGUACCAUCAUUCCAAGUGUAUGUGGCAGCAGCAGCAUUAACUACUGAUUUUCACAGCCAAGGUUUUUUUUUAUAUAUAUUUUUUUUUUUUCACGCAAACAUCCUACUUUUAUCUCCUGACGUCUCUAGCUGAAGAGAGUUGAGAGGGCCUCUGCAAUAACAUACACUGGAGUGGCCUGACCCCUGACCUGUCCACUGUCUCUGUGCUCUGAUUGGCUCUUUGAGGCGAGGGGUCGAGAGGUGAUUGGCUGCACCGUAAAGAGAGGAAUGGCACUUUUUCAAGGUGCUAGACAAAUAGGUACAAAAAUAUUUACACAUUAUUUAAAAUGCAAAUCAAUUUCCAGGCCCACAUGUAAUUUUCCAGAUUUCCUGCACUGAUUUUGAGGGAAAAUCUGAUGAAUGGAUUUCAGCUACCAGUAUGAGUACUAAACUCAUGCUUGUAGCUGAAAGCAUUAUCAAAUUUGCCAAAAUAAUUUAAUAGAAUUUUAUAAAAUAUGGCAUAACUAUUCUGUGUGUACAGAUUUCAUGUGGGCCUGUUCAUUUCGAAAAACAAUAUUGGUAACAUAGGAGAAAAAAAGAGGAGGACUGCCAAUUUUAGAGAUAUUAAAUGAAACAAACAUAAGAGAGAUGACAGAAUGACAUGGUUUUAAUUAGACUGGUCACUCACAUUUUAAAAUUAGUAUUUUUUUAUGUUAUUUAUUUUUUAUUUGUAAAACUGUGACCUGAUUUGUUUUUCCUGUACAUAUAUUAAAGAAAAUCUGGAACAUAUGCGACAUACCGAGCAAGCUGUUAGUCGUUGAGUGCUCAAUUGCGCUGUAUCUCUCUCUCUGGCCUCACUGUGUGUGAAUGUGUUUGAGUGUGUGAAUGUUUCUGAGGGUGAAUAGUGCCUCUCUGCCGCCUGUAGGCAGUUUCAGGUACUGCAGCUUUGCAAGCCGUUUCUCAGUGUUCCCGCCUUUUUUUAGGCAAAAGCAGAUGAUCUUUUAGUCAACAUGAAAUCAAAAUUAGCUUUAUUGGUCAGCGGACAUAAUUCCACAGAAAAUAUUUUGUCUUUGUAAAUGUAAAAACUUGUAUCCGCCUCUAAAACUAUCUAAAAUCAUGCAAAAUUGCAGUAAUUUAAUCCGGAUUUAUGUUGUUGUAAAAAAUGUUACAGCAAUAAUAGCUGAUAACAAUUUGAAUUUAACUCUUAACUCUUUCAUGGCAUCACAAGUUUUUUUUUUUUUUUUUUCUCUCUGUCAGUUUAUCACACAAUGUACAUGUUUUAAAGAGAAUAUCUCUUAAAACGUGUCAGCAUUAGCAAAUAAGAAAAGCAUUGCACAGGUUUUAUACUAUUGUACAGGAAACUUUCUAAAAAAAAAAAAAAAAAGCCAUGAGCUGCUGUGAAAUCCAUUUAAAAGAUUUCACUGGUCCAGUACACUUCAUUUAUUCACAUUUAAUGCUCAGUGUAAAGCCUGCACUCGUGCUGAAACUCAUUUUCUUUACGGAUGCCUUCAACAGACUCUGAACUUACUCGAUAUUUAGAACGUAAUAGGAAUGAUGGAGAGCCGGCUGGACUGAUGUUAACACUGUCAGCUGCGCUACCGCUCGAAACUUAUGUAUCAUGAAAUAUUUUAUACAUUCAUAAUGUGAAUCUGAAACCAACCAGUACUGUGCGAGUGAGUCCACAAUAAUAGAGAUUUUUUUUAAUAUAGAGUUAGGCUUUUUAUAUCAGUGCUGAUCUGCAAAACAGAUGUUCAUUUUUUUCCCUAAAUGUUCUCCUUCCUUAAGCAGUUAUUUUAGUUAUUUUAGCAAAGAAACCUUAUAAUCUGAUGUGUCAUUUCACAUUGAAAUGAGAUAAAUCAUCCACAUCCGCUUGGUACAUCCUGGAACUUUCAGGAUUUGGUCCUUUGUAGAUAUUUAUAUGUACAGUAAAUAAAUGUAUAAUCAAUUAAGGACUCUAUAAGUGAGAUUUCGAGAGUCACACGACAAUUUAGAGGAACUUCAUGUACUGUAGUCCAA